AUGACCCGAUGCGUGCAGCUUUGUGCUCUCGACAAAUCCGGCGUUUGGCGCGUGAAGUCGAAGCUGAGCCGGAAGCAGCCCAAGGUCGAGAGAUCCGCGGCUGAGGCGGCGGCGUCGAAGGUGAAGAAGGAGAAGCAAUCUGCGGCCGAGGCUAAGAAGGAGCGCAGAAGAGAGCUUCAACGGGGCUAUGAGAAGACACGUCAAGAGAAGCUCAAGAAGUCGGGCGUCAAGAUUUCCCGGCCCCGCGAGGGCCUCAAUGGACAGAGCCUGAAGGAGGAGCACAGGAAGCAGGUCGUGAUCAAACAGGAACCGGAGGAGUCGACCGCCAACUUUUCCGGGGCUUUGCCACUCCAAAUAUGCAUGAAGCUUAUUCAGAUCGGUUGCGGAGUCGACCAGCAAGAGCUCGAGAAUCUACGCAAAGACCACAAAGAGCUGGAGAUUCUGCGCAGUGAGCUGCAAGAGGUCCGGGGAGAGCUUGAGAUCAUGCGGGGUCGAUGUCAAUGGUACGAAGACGUGAGGGAUUGGGUGGCCAACUAUACACGGUAUGCUGUUGGGAUCAACACAGAAGGGUUGCCAGACUGGCUGCGCAUCGGCUCGAAGAGCCUCAGUUUGAUCAUGAAAGAGAAGAAGCAAAGAGCUUCUGGUUCUGACACUGACGAAACGUAA